AUGGUGUCACAUACACAACUUGUAUAGGAAGGAAGAGAGAGCGGAGAGCCAGAACUUCAGAUUGCAGAAGGAUAAGAAUAUGGAUUCCAAAAAUUUUGUUUCAGAAAAUGAAUUGCAGGAGAUGAAGAACUUUUUUGAAAAUCAAGAUUUUGCAGAAGCCGUGGAAGGUGUGAAAAGAUGUCUCGAUGACAUUGAUCAAGUCCCGUUAAACAUUGCUGUAACUGGGGAAUCAGGAUCGGGAAAAUCAACUUUUAUUAACGUUAUGCGUGGUGUGAGCGAUGAGGAAAAAGGUUCUGCCAAGACAGGAGUGGUCGAGACAACCAUGGUCCCAUCGCCUUAUUUACACCCACAUCACAGAAACGUGAGGUAUUGGGACCUCCCCGGGAUUGGAACUCCAGGAUUUAAGCCGAUGGAUUAUCUGAAGUUAGUUAACUUCAAUCAAUACGACUUUUUUUUCAUCAUCACAACGGAACGUUUCAAAGAAUGUCACAUCCUUUUGGCUCAAGCCAUAAAGUCCAUGGGGAAGAAGUUCUACUUUCUGAGAUCUAAAAUAGACUCAGUCUUGAAAGGGUACAGACGAGGAAAAAGAAACUGCUACAAGGAUGAGGAUAUACUGAAGGAAAUCCGAGAGGACUGCAUUAAUGGUCUUCGGGCUGGAGGCAUCGAAAACCCUCAUGUGUUUCUACUCUCCUGUCUAGAACCAGAAAAAUAUGACUUUUACCUCAUCCAGAAGACACUAGAGGAUGAACUUCCGAGUCACAAGAGACACAUAUUCCUUUUGUCUCAGCCCAAUUUUUUCCACCAGGCUCUAGAGGAAAAAAGAAAGACCUUUGUAAUGCAGAUAUGGAAGUGGGCCAUCGUCUCUGCCAUGAACGUUGCAAAGUCACAAUGGUCAGGAGAAAACAGCACAUCGUCAUCUGUUCCAUAUUUAUCUCCCAGUGGUGACCUCACACUCAUGGUCAACGUAUUGGAAGAAUACAAAACAGCUUUUGGACUAGAUACGAGAUCCCUUAUAAUAUUAGCAGACACCUUUGGAAAAGAUCUUGAGGAUUUGAGAUCUGUGAUCAGAACCUCCACUGCGUCUCAGGACAUAACUCAGGAACUGGUUUUCCAUCACAUAAGGAGCCAAGGACUGACGGACAUGGGUCGAACAGUCGCAGUUUGUGUAAAUCAAUUCGUUCCGCAGAUAAGCAUGUUGGCGAGUGGAGGAGUUGCCUUUGGUACGACUUACUGGAUACUCAGCAGCCUCCUAGCAAAUAUGGCGGAAGAUUCAGCAAGGGUGCUAUCAAAGGCAUUAGGAGCUCCUGAGGAAGCAUUUUAAUUGGUCGCCUAAAAAAAAUUAUGUCAAUCCUUGUCCUGAAAUGUCAGACUCAAAUAUGAAACCUCAUGCCAAACUUCAUCUUCUAUGUACCCACCAUCUGAAAUACUGUACAUUCAGGGCCGAUACCCUCUUAUUUUAUGUAAAGAAUACUGUUUGACUCCUGUAUAUCUUAGGCCUCGUGCACACAGUAGAGCCAGGUGCACAGAAACUGCAGGGGGCACAUGAAGUAAUUAUUACGGAGCUGCAAGCACCCAGUGCACUGCUGUACGGUGUCAUAUUGCACCAUGUUAGUACAUAUUCUCUCCAAGAAGCAAUGCCAUGAUACGGUAUCUGAUGGAACAUGCUGGGAUCGGUGAGAAAAAUAUAUUUGUGUGCCUCCCUCUAAAAUCAGAAGGAAUGGGAAAAACAUCAUGGGCCAAAAGCCUUCUAUAGCAGCCAUAGCAAUAAUAAGGUCCGAGCACAAGGCCCUGAAAAUGUCUGCAGAUCUAAAGGGGCUGCCUGACCCCUAAACCAAAAAUAAUUGUGUAAAAUAAAGAAAGAAGCAGCUCUGUUCCAACGCCAAAGGUCCUGCACCCGCUGCUUCUGAUCCCAGGCAGAUCGUAAGUGUGAUGUCCCAUCUGUGGUCACGUGCUCGGCUGCAGACAAUCACUAGACGUGUCUCCAAACACCAUGUCAGCCUCUGCAGUCGCUGCGUCCACAGGGGACUAGAAGCAGCAGGGACAGGACACUCUGUGCGUCCGAGCUCAGCCAAUUUCAUGAGGGGAGCGGCUUUUUUUAAUUUACUUUAGAAACAUUCCUGGCAGUAAAUACUUUUGGUUUGGGGGUUGAACGACCCUUUGAAGAUUAUCGAAAACAGUUAAAUAGUAAAUAAAAAAAAUUCUGUUCAUCAGUAGUAAACUUUCAGGAAUUUAUAAGCCAAAUUUAAAAAAUGUAUUUGUUUUUCAAUUCUUUUUGGGACAGGAACAUCUGCAGUGCAGCACAAUAUCAGCAGGUCCCACUAAAUCAAACAGAUCCCUGGACACGGAGCCUUGCAACCGCUUGUGACAAAGGUGAACGCUGGACGCCCCAUUGGUCCUAUAUGUGGUUCUCCAGCUGAUGCUAAACUAUAACUAUAAGCAUGCUGGGAACUGUAUUUCCACAAUUGAUGGAAAGUUACUGGUUCACACUGGAGCACCAUUUGUUCACAGUGCAUUUUGUGACAAAAUUCAUUUUGUAGAAUUCUCAUUCAAAAUGAGAUUCUGUGCGACAAAUUGAAUUCUGUAAUUCUAUGUCACUAAAUUCUGUGUAACAAAAUACAAUCCUGUUAAUCUUGUGAAACAGAAUUUUAUUUUGUCGCAAAGAAUAUCAUCAGCCAUUCGUUGCAUUGGGGACCACAAAUUACUAUAUCCGUGCGGAUUCCGCAGAUGGAUCCAGACCCCCUCAACUUGAAUGGGUCCAUGAUCCAUUCACUCAGCAAAAAAAUAGAACAUGUUCUAUUUUUUUGCGGGGGCACGGAUAGAAACCCCACGGAAGCACUCAAGUGAAUGGGUCCGCAUCUGUGCCUGCAUAUGUAACGCCCCAGAGUGGCAUUACCACCUUUUACGCCUCUCUACUAUUCCCUAUGGUUGACUAAUGUCAUCUAUGCGCUUAUUAUCUGAUCCUGCAAAAUGUGCAUAUUCUUUUCCAUGUAAAUGUUCUGUUAUAAUGUAAUGUGCCUGGUUCACCAGCAGAUGGCGGCAACUAUGGCAGUGCUAGUUUGCCUAGGAUGGAACCUUUCUUUCCAUUCUAGCCCUCUCUAAAGAGUGAGGAGUUUAGUCAGUGAAAGUCAGUCUAGUCUACCCCCUACAAAGGGAGGGUGUGCAGCAGCUCUGUUGGACCUGGAGGUUUAAGCUUCCAGCCUCAGGAGCCAGGAGUAAAGUUUCCCUGGAUGAAGACAGAGUCAGACUACAGAGUUAGGUUUCAGCAUACAGCAGAAGAAAGGAAAAGUUCCUAUUUAAUCCUGCCAAUACAGCAGAGCCUAAGAGAGUACAGAUGUAGCAGAACCUAAUGUGUUUGCCUGCCAGAAGUUCAUGCCAAAACCUGCUGAUGACCAAGAUAAAGUUGGAAGAUUGUUUCUCUGAUGAAAGUUUAUUCAAGUAAAGCUGU